GUUUGCAUGGAAAAGCAGCCGCGGUCAUCCUUCGGAAUGGUUCGCACGAGCUGCUGGCAUGCUUGUUGAAAAUGCCUUCUUGCAGUUUGCUAAACUUUACACACCCAUGCUGACACCAAAUUGGGAAAUUGAGAAUGGCUCAACAAACACCAGCUCACCACGCUGUGGUAAGGAUGCGGGUUCUGCUCACUGGUGUUGCGCUGUUACUGGAGAAGACUCCAAACAUCUACUUGCCUUCUCCGCACUUCCGGUCGCCUCAUAUUUCGAUUCAAAGACUACUAGCUUCUUGCUACUAGUAAGGCACUUGUUCCUAGUAGCGAUGCACUUGUUCCUAGUAGCUUAUUGUUCUAUGACCUAGAUGAGUGUGAAAGCCACCACUCUUAGGUUGGAGGCCAUCGCUAAAAGGCAGGUUGAUACGAACGAAGUUGUUGUAGCUACAAGAAGGCGGAGCAAGAUUCAGUGGACCGCCACGCGAUGGUUGCUGGACCUCACAUGCAGGUUGUCAGCAUUAGAUCCGUUUGAGUCUUUUUGGGAAAGGCAACCUACGCUACCUGACCUUUCCAAGCUUCAAAAUGCCAAAGCUGCGCUCCCCUCCUCGGCCUCCUCAGCCUCCUCCCCUCCAAGGCAGCCACAGCUUCUUUGCUGUAGCUGCUGGAUCUUAGGGAGCACGACAGAAAAGCGUUUCGACGGCAGAAUCACAUUUCAAGUAGAAGUAUAGCAGGGUCUUGUUCAUCGCAGAGUCAAGGAUUAGUUUUGUAGGAAAGGAAGUCCCUGUUGUUUUUGUGUGACUUCUCGCUGACUUCUUUGCACAGUUCAGUUCGAAUUGUGUGAAAGUGCAAGGACAACUCUACAGCACCCUGUGCGGCGUGUGUUUCUGAACGACACGUUUCUCGUGCAUGGUCACUGGCCAUUUAUGCCUUUUAUUUGGUUCAAAGGGGUUGUCGGGCUAGUGAAGUGAAACCAUGUUUGCGCCUACUUGCAUCCCAGCAGAUCUGACGCGGCCAGCAUCGACCUUGUCUUGUUUUCUCCACCGAAGGAGCUUUUUCAGCUUGUCCAAGCAAAUCUUGCAUGUCCUGCUUCACAUGACGGACGCACACGCGCACAAACAUGUGUGCCUGCUUGUCCUCAAUCUGUUCUGGAGAUUAUUAAAAAGGAAAUUGCCAUUAAGAAAAGUAAAAUAAAUGAUAUUAAUUAUUUGGCAAUUUCCAUUAAAGUAUAUCCUGUACCGCCGAUUAUUAAAAUAAGAAAUAUGAAUGAUGAAUCGGCGGGAAUGUGUGUAGAGGCCAUCGCUAGUAGAGGCCAUUGCUAUUAUUUCUGUUUGAUUCUGUUUGUCAAUGGCAGGACCCGUGAAGAAUUUGAGUCCCUCGAGGAGACUGCCUGGUGGAUGCACGAAAGGUGCAUGGAGCAAUCUGACCUCUGUGCAUAUUUUGGAGGGGAGAAGGAGCUUGCAGAAGCCAGAGCAGCUGCUGAUGCAGUGGACGUUCAAUCAUCUGCAGCAGAGGCAAUUGACCCUAUGGCUGAGAAAGAGCGCAUCAAAAAGAUGCCUGUCAAAGAGCUGAAGGCAUACCUUGACAGGCACAACACAUCUCACGCAGACCUCUUUGAGAAAGCAGAGUUACUUGCAAGAGCACUAGAGGUUGCUUCUCAAUGGCCGGCGUGGAUGAACACUGGUGACAAUUGCCGGCUUUGCGGGAAGCAGCAGCAGGAGAAAGGCGGCGUUUUCUGCAGGAGGCGGAGGUCAGAUGGCCGCACAGCCGGCUGCAACGAAGGAGUUUGCUGGCGAUGCAUGAAGCGUGCUCCAAAGGAUUCUUUCGGCAAAGUUCGAUGCACAAAAGAAGAGUUUGCAGAUCUCGGAGAGGAUGCUUGGUGGAUGCAUCAACAUUGCUUCGAAGACGGCGACUGGAAGGAUUACUUUGGUGAGUCCGAGCCAGAAGAUGAAAAGUGGCAUCGCACUGGAGAAGCAACGUCUUUUUAAGUAUUUUACGUUCUCAAAGGCUGUUGCGCCACCUCUGGC